AUGGAUAAUUUGGGACCUCUGCUGAAGAAGACUGACACUGUAAUGAGAAAGGCACUGGAACCAGGGUUGCGCAUAGCAAUCACCCUCCGCUACUUGGCCUCAGGCGAUUCUUAUAAAAGCCUAUCUUACAACUUUCUUGUAGCCACCAGCACCAUCUGUGGUAUUGUCCAAGAAACCUGUGAGGCGAUCAUCCAAUUUUAUUCAGCUGAAGUGAUGGAAUGCCCCACUACACCAGAGGCGUGGAAGAGAGUGGCGCUUGGGUUUGAAAACAGGUGGAACUUUGUUCACACAUGUGGGGCUUUGGAUGGCAAGCAUGUGGCAAUUCGUAAACCACCCGGAGGUGGCUCAAAUUAUUUAAAUUACAAGAAAUUCCACUCAAUUGUACUCUUGGCGGUGGUUGAUCAUAACUACAACUUCCUGUAUGUGGAUGUGGGCACACCUGGAAGUGUUGGUGAUGGCCGGAUUUGGAAAGAAACCUGGCUGGGAAAGAAAAUGGAAGGUGGAACAGCAGGCAUGCCUGAUCCUGAACCUCUGCCAGGAGAAGACAGCCCGGACGUCCCAUAUGCGAUGGUCGCUGACGAAGCCUUUGCACUACGGCCCUGGAUUAUGAAGCCAUAUCCACAGAGGAAUCUAACUAGGGAACAGAGGAUCUUCAAUUACAGGAUGUCAAGGGCCAGGAGGGUUGUAGAAAAUUCUUUUGGCAUCUUGGCAAACAGAUUUAGAUGCUUGCUCAAGAAAAUGCAGCAGAAGCCCAAGAAUGUGGAGAGUAUAGUAUAUGCAGCAUGUGUUCUGCACAACCUGAUCCGAAUGAGAGGUGCAGCUGCAGGAUCAGCAACAUCCAACCAGGAUGGUGACCUAGUGGACAGUGACACAGGGGGAAUAACACUAGGCACAUGGAGAAGUGGUGCGACCAAGUCGGAAAUGGUCCCACUGCAGCGUUUCCAAGGUAACUGGGGCACAUACAGUGUGGAAGAGCAAAGAGGCCAUCUCUGCGCUUACUACAAUUCACAAUUGGGGAGUGUGCCGUGGCAGGACAGCUAUAUUGAUGGGUAG